GACGCCGGAGGGCGGCGAGUGCGAAGUCAGUUGCAUCGGCAAGAACCACUUCUAUGGGGAGCGGCCGAACGUCCGCAAAAUGAUUCUUUCCUGCAGGCGCGGCACAUGGGGCAUUAAGAACGGAGCGCCCACGGCAAAGACCAUACAGUACUGCGAUGGUGCUUGCAUCUGCCGCAACGGUGGCAUUUGCAACGGCGAGAAGGUGUGCCACUGUCGCAAGGGCUACGGCGGAGUCAGCUGUGAGAAGAACAAGGAGUUCGCGUGUCCGGAAGAGCCGCCUCAGCUGCCCAGGAAUUCGAAAACCGUUUGCCGUGGCGACACCUGUGAGGUACAGUGCUCCAGAGGAUUUUCCCUCGCCGAUGGCCGCAGUCGGGUUCUGCUGAAGUGUGAGGGUACCAAAUACAUUGAUUUGGCUGGAGGCCACACCAAGAUAUCGGAUUGCGAGGCAACAUGUUCUCCGGUUUGCCUCAACGGCGGCAAGUGCAUUGCGGCCAAUGUCUGUGAAUGUCCACCCAACCUCCGGGGCAAGCAGUGCCAGUAUCCAGUCUCUAGCUGCAACAUAACCACGUUCAAUGGCAACUUUCAAUGCGACCACGCCCCAGAUCGCUCCGAGUGUAGGCUGACCUGCCCAUCUUUACCCGGAGUCAGUGUCCAGGGUACGCUGCAGUCGCUAUACGUCUGUGAUUACAGCACUGGCCAGUUUCAGCCCACACCAGCGGUCAAGUGCAUUUAUCCUCCCAAUAGAAACAUUUCGCAGCACAUCAGCACUUCCGACACGCAGACAAAUGGAACAGUAACCAUAACUGGUGGCCACGUCCUCCCAUGGCCGGAUAAUUUGAUCAGCAUCUGUGACCAAUAUGGUCGUUACAACAACAGUAAUGACUGGAUCUCUGAGCGGCCAGAUGUUGAUGACAUUGAUGGGGCCGACAGAUUGCGUCCGAAGCCCCUCAAGGAUAUUGUUGUGGCACCACAGCCGUCGGUUUGCAGUUCUUGGAAUGGUCGAAAUAUACGAACCUUUGACGGAUUGCUGUAUAGGGUGCCACUGAACUGUGCCCACACUCUGGUCAGUGACAAGAUCUAUGGGGCAUUCCAUGUGUCCAUUAAGAGCCCCUCAAGCACAUCGCCACUGACUAUUCAGAUCCAAUGGCAGUCCGUGCAAUACACGCUGGAGAAUCUCAAUGGAAGUGUGACUCUUUCCACGCCCAGUAAGAAGCUUUCGCUGCCUGUCCAGGUGCUGGGCAUGAAGAUAGUGACGUUCGCUCAGCACAUUGAAGUCGACCUUGAGUCGGUGGGUCUGCAAUUAAUCUGGGAUCACCAUCAGCAGCUCGCGGUGCACGCCAGUGUCGAUCUCUGGCAAAAGUUGGGAGGUCUCUGUGGGCAUCUCGAUGGCAACUGUGACAAUGAUCUAAUGAGCCGAUCAGGCAGCGUGUCCAAGGCAAUUCGCACUUUUACCGACAGUUGGCGCAAUGCUGACCAAACGUGUGUCCUCGAGCCCGAUGAGGAUUUGGCUCAGUGCCACGGAGAUCGCCAUAAGAAGGCCGUCAGCAAGUGCAAGGAUCUGCUGUACAAUCUUAACCUAAAGUCCUGUCUGGAGCAGUUCAACCAGGAGACUCUGCUGCGUACCUGUAUCAGUGACCAAUGUGCCUGUGCUGAUGGUCAGGACUGCAGCUGCAAUCUCCUGCAGUCGCUGGUGGACGAGUGUCGGUUUGAGGGCCUUAAGCCAGCCAAGGAUUGGCGCAAUCUUCAGCUGUGUCCCAUCAGCUGCAGCGGUGGUCGCAUCUACCAGACGUGUGGUCCGCAAUCGCAGCCCACCUGCGAGAAUGAAGGAGUCAGUGCGCCCGGUGAAUGCUUUGAAGGAUGCUAUUGCCCCGAAGGCAAGCUGCAGUACAGGGACACGUGCAUCGAACGAAAGAUGUGUCCCUGCGAGCUGCGGGGACGAGAGUUCCAGCCCGGGGAGAAGCACCAAAAGGACUGCAACACGUGCCUCUGCCAGUCGGGGAAGUGGCGGUGCACCGACAACAAGUGCGACAAACGCUGCUCGGCCUUUGGGGAUCCCCACUAUCGCACCUUCGAUGGCAAACGCUACGAUUUCCAGGGCCGCUGCCUCUACUACCUGCUCAAGACUUCCAGUCGUUCAGUGGAGGGCGAAAACAUCAAGUGCUCUGGGGCCAUCGAUGAAGCUGUGGAGCCAUCGCCCACUGGACACUCCUGCACCAGAUCGAUAGUUGUGCGUUUUACCCUCAGAGAUGGCGGUCCAACGGUCAUCAAGCUGGACCAGAAGCUCCAUAGCUCUGUCAACGGUGAGGCUGUGACGCAGCUCCCACUGGAGCUGGGUAACUGUGAAGUGGUGCUUCGACUGGCCAGCCAUCAUUUCCUGACGGUCACCUUUGACGACGGCCUGGUGGUGUGGUGGAACGGCCAAUCGACAGUUCACAUUGAUGCACCCUACAGCUACUUUGACAACACGGCCGGGCUCUGUGGCACGUUCAACGACAACACGAAGGACGACUUCCUCACGCCCGACGGUGACUACGAAGGCACCGCUGUGGCGUUUGCCAAUAAAUGGCGGACCAAGGAGAUGUGCGCAGAGCCAGAGCCACCCGUGGCGCCCACACCCUGCUCCGAGAAUCCCCAACAGCUAAAGGUAGCCGAAGAGAUUUGCUCGCUGCUCAGAUCCGAUACCUUCUCGCCCUGCCACUGGGCUGUAGAUCCUACCAGCCACUACGAGGACUGUAUUGCCGAUAUAUGUGCCGCCAAGGACUCCACCACAAGUCCGGCUACAACCAACAAGGCCUUGUGCGAGCUGCUUGCCGACUAUGCCCAUCUUUGCGUACGGAAUGGCAUUCGCACCAGCUGGCGGCAAUCGAUCAAACAGUGUUCAAUCAAGGGUCCUCGGGUCCAGCAAUUGUGCACCUGUUUGGAUGGCCUUUGGCAGUGCCAGGAUGCGGACAAGGAUGACUUAAUCGUUUAUCCGCCAUUAGGCAACCUUCGCAAACAGUGUGCCAAGACUCCCUACGCCAAGUUCGUCUCCUGUGCCCCCAAAGAGCCCAGGACAUGCAAGAACAUGCAUGACUUCAAGCCGGACACUGCCGCCUGUCGUCCCGGCUGUGUCUGUGACGAUGGCUACGUGUACGAUGUGACGCGCCAGCAGUGCGUGCCAUCGGAGAAGUGCUCCUGCUACCAUGCGGGACGGAGCUUUGAUGACGGCGACACCUUCAAAGAGCUGUGCAAUCUGUGCGUUUGCCAGGGUGGCUCCUGGAAGUGCAGCCGCAACGAUUGCGAGUCCUCUUGCAGUAUCUGGGGUGACUCUCACUUCAGCACCUUCGAUGGUAAGGACUUUGACUUCCUGGGCGAGUGCGAUUACAUACUGUCCAAGGGCGUCAACGAUCAGGGCCAUGGCUUCUCCAUUGUCAUACAGAAUGUACUGUGCGGCUCAUCGGGUGUGACGUGCUCCAAGUCCUUGGAGAUCAAUUUGAGCGGCAAGGCAAGUGAGGGUAAGGGUCAGGGUCAGGAGCAGCUAAAGCUGAGCGCUGGCGGUAUUUAUGCAACGGAUUCCAAUACAUCGACCAUAGCAGGUCUUCGCAAGCAGAUAAGCUCUCAUUCCUCCAGCUCAUUCCACAUCUACAAGGCGGGAGUGUUUGUUGUCGUCGAGGUACUCUCCUUGCAUCUGCAGAUCAAAUGGGACGAGGGGACCCGCGUCUAUGUGAAGAUUGGCAACGAGUGGCAGGGCCGGGUGGCCGGACUAUGUGGCAACAACAAUGGCAAUAGCUUGGAUGACUUCAAAUCCCCAUCGGGGGGACAGGAGACAGAGCCCACGCUCUUUGGUCACUCGUGGCGGACGCAUCAGCAGUGCGUGCUGCCCCAACAACUGUUUGACUCGUGUCAGCGGAAUCCACAGCGUCGUGCCUGGUCCGAGUUGCAAUGUAGUGUCCUGAAGUCGCCCCUAUUCGCAGCCUGCCAUGUGGAGGUGCCGCUGGAGCGUUAUCUGAAACGCUGCAUCUUUGACACCUGUGCCUGCGAUCAGGGUGGCGACUGCGAGUGCCUCUGCACGGCUGUGGCUGCCUAUGCCGAUGCUUGUGCCAAGAAAAGCAUCAACGUGCGUUGGCGUACGCCCCACUUUUGUCCCAUGCAAUGUGAUACCCAUUGCUCGGACUACAGUGCCUGUACUCCAGCUUGUCCUGUGGAGACCUGCGAUAAUCUGCUAGAUCAGGGAGAUUCGGGGCGUUUGUGUCAUCACGAGAACUGCGUCGAGGGCUGCCUGAUCAAGCCCUGUCCGCCGGGUCAGAUAUAUUUGAACGACACCCACACGGUGUGCGUGCCCAGGUCAGAGUGCAAGCCAGUGUGUCUGGUGCGGGAGGACAUCACAUACUACGAGGGCGACAUCACCUACACGGAUGACUGUGCCACCUGUCGCUGCUCCAAGAAGAAGGAGGUGUGUAGUGGCAAGCCCUGUCCACCCGUCGUAACCACUGAAGGACCAUCUGUCACGGGCACAGGAACAUUGCCAAAUCAAGAUCGGGGCAAGAACUGUGUGCGCGGCUGGUCGCGUUGGUUGGAUCGUGGCUCGAGUGCUGGUGGCAUUAAUCUCAACGAUGUGGAACCGCUGCCCAAGUUCGAUCGCUUCGAGUCCAUUUACGGCACCUGCGAUCGGGAGUACAUGACCAGCAUCGAAUGCCGCGUUAAGGACAACAAACAGUCGUACGACCUUGUGGAUGAUAAUGUCGUCUGCAACCUGGAUCGGGGUCUUGUCUGUGUGGGUAAAUGCCACGACUACGAGAUUCGAGUACAUUGCCUGUGCGAUGAUGAUGGAUACACCACCGCUAAGCCCCCACCGCCGCCACCACCCACAGAGAUCUGCGAUCCAUCGUUCCAGAUGUUCAAGGAGUACCCUGGGGACUGCUACAAGUAUCUGCGCUGCGAGCACAUUCCUGGGAAUACAAACUGGCACUGGGUGCCCGGUUCUUGUGGCACCAAUCUGAUGUUCAAUACGGCCAUCGGUGCCUGCGAUCAGGUCUCAAUAGUAUCACGGAUUAGGCCGCAGUGCCGCAAGAUAACCGACCGUUGUCGCGACGAUGAGGAGUGGAACGAUUGCGCCAACCAAUGCGAGCACACGUGCCACUUCUUUGGCCAGCAGUUGAUUAAGCGAGGGCUCUGCAAUCCCGCCGAACACUGCAAGGGCGGAUGCGUGCCUAAGAAGCGGCCGGAUUGUAGGGCCCUAGGUAAGUUCUGGCGCGAUGAGAACACCUGUGUGGAUCAGGAUGACUGUCCUUGCCUGGACGAUGACAAUGAUAAGUACGUGCAACCACAUGGGAUUAUUAUCAAUGAUCAGUUCGACUGUCAAUGUGUGUUCAAUCAAUAUGUGUGCGUCCCAAAAAAGACCACCACGGAGGCGCCACCGAUUGGAGGUCACACCACAACUACAGCAUUACCUUUGAUACCCACAACUCUUACUCCGCCUGUAUUGUGCCCAACAAAUAGCAUGGUUCGCUUCUUUACGAGGGAACCCUCUAUAAGCGACAGUGCCUUCAGUGCUUCCAGCUCGCUGAGCAACAACCACGUGGCGCAUUUGGCCCGUCUGCACCGUAAGCCCAAGCUCAAUGCUGGGGCUUGGACACCGAAGAUCAGCGAUCAGUCGCAAUAUUUACAGGUGGACUUUGAGCGGCCGCAAGGCAUCUAUGGACUGCUCAUUGCCGGCGAUCCACACAACGACAACUAUGUGACGCUCUUCAAGGUGCUGUACAGCCUGGAUGGCGAGGGCUAUCACGAACUGAUCGAUCAACGAGGAGAGCCACAGGUGCUGAUAGGACCUAAGGAUUCGCGUGUGGCCCGUGCGCAUGUUUUCCAGCGCCCCAUCGAGGCCAAGUCUGUGCGUCUCUAUCCGCUGAGAUGGCAGAAUGCCAUUGCCAUACGCUUUGAUCUACUGCUUUGCAACCAUGUGCCAACCACCACAGCUCCAGUGCCCGAUAGGACGACGCCUCUGCCGCCCACGAAGCCACCACUCGACAGGCUGAUCUGUGACGACCCUCUCGGUGUGGACAACGGAGACCUACAGCCCCAUCAAGUGACCGCGAGCAGUAUUUGGCUAUCCUCGCAGGUUGAUAGCCAGGUGGGUCUCUUGGACCUGCUGCAGUUCCGCUCCCAGCUGGGCUGGCGUCCACUGGCCAACAAGCAGGACGAGUAUGUGGACUUUGAUUUCCUGGAGCCACGCAACGUGACAGCCGUACAGACACGGGGCGGAGUCCACGGCUGGGUCACCGCCUAUCGCGUACUCUUCUCCCUGAACAGGCUGGUGUGGAACGAGCUGCCUGGACCGAAUGGAGAUGCUCAUAUCUUUGAAGGCAAUCGGGAUGCCCAGGGUAUUCAAACGAAUGGCUUUGUACGACCGCUGGUCACACGAUAUCUACGACUGGUGCCCACGGGAUGGGAGAAGAACAUCAACUGGCGCAUUGAGCCGCUGGGCUGUUUCCUUCCUUACCCCAACACUACUAAGCCCAUUAUGCGACCCUGCACCGUCUGCAAGGGCAUCGACCUGCCGUCUUUGACUGGAGGCGAUUGCCCUUGCAGCGAUGGUCUCUUUUGGACUGGCUCCAAGUGCAUCGAACGUAAUCUCUGCCCCUGCAUCGACAACUUCACGCCCUAUCCCAUUGGAACGAAAUUCGAGAAUAAAGACUGCGAGGAGUGCGUCUGUCUGUUGGGGGGAAUCAUCAGUUGCAAGCCACAGACCUGCCCACCCUGUCCGACCCACAUGCGGCGUGUCCGCAAUGGCUGCCACUGCGAGUGUCAGCUGUGCCCGCCCACCACGCGGCUAUGCCCCACCAGCGGGGAUUGUAUUCCAAAUGAAUGGUGGUGCAAUCACGUCCAGAAUUGUGCCGAUGAUGAGGAUGAGACAUGUGAUCCUGCACAGACAACGCUGCAGCCACCCACCACCAGAAAACCCCCUACAGAGUGUCCUGUUAUCGAGUGUCCCCCCGGUUACACCGUCAAGAUUAGGGGAAAAAUACCAAAAGUAUUAUCCGAAAUGCUCUUGACCUCUGUCUCUACAGAAAAUUUUGACAUCGAUCAGGCCAUCGAGCCAUUGAAGGAGUGGCUAUCGCAGCUGCAAUCCUCGGAUAACCCUGAGAUUGCUUCAGUGGUCCGUAAAGUACUAUCCUCUUUAACUGCCACUGAAGGGGAGGAGGCGGUGGUGAAGCCUCAAAGAGAGUCAGGUCUAACACUGGAACUGUUGGAGCUUAAUGAAUUGCCUUUGAUUCCACAAAGGCCAGAGACAGAGGCCUCGACUGCAUUGCCACUGGGAAUCAUUGAGCUUCUAAAGAAGAUUGGCAUUGCAGAACCCACGAUUUCCGACUAUUCGGAUACGGAUCAGGCAGGGGAUGAGCUAGAGCUGGACUCGGAGACACUGUUGCUAGUAAAUGGCGCACGUGGAACCAAAGAUAGUUCAGAGUUGAGCUUGUACGGAUACAACUUCCAGCUGCCACGAGAGCUGCAGGCUCUGAUGGGUCUAACUCCUUACAUUGCCACCAGAGAUCUUAAGAAUAUGGAGCUUUGCGACGCCUUCUGCUGCCUGCCCCAGAGCAACCAGACUUGCAUGGAUCCCAAGUGUCCAGAGGGUUACGAACCAAUCGUUGAUACUGCCAGCAUUGGAGCCGGAAAGUGUCCCAUCUACACCUGCAGACGGUCACGGAUACCAGACGAUACGUGCGACAUAACCGGACGUAUUUUCAGCACUUUCGAUGGUACCGUCUACAAGUAUGACAUCUGCAGCCACACCCUGGCCCGGGAUACGGACGGUAAUCGUUGGUCCAUCAGCACACAGCUCCAGUGUGCCCCAGAUCAGCCGAGCUGCGGGGCCAAAACUCUGAUCAUUAGCGACCAGCAGAGAGGUAUUGCCAUCAGCAUUCUGCCCAACCAGCGGGUGAUCUUCAACGGCUAUGAGUUCAGUGUACGCGAUUUGGCCUUGGUAAACGCCAUCCGGCGAUCCUUCGUCAUUAGCCAGAUAGGAGAGACCAUUGUGGUCGUUUGUCGCCAACACAAGUUCUGGGUGCAGUAUGCGGCCAGUGGGAACAUAAGGAUUGGUGUCUCCCAGGACCUGCUCGGCCGUGUGGAUGGGUUGUGUGGCUUCUACAAUGGUCGAAGUGAUGAUGAUAAGCGUACCCCUCAAAGAUUACAUGUGAUCAGCAGCACAGACUUUGGGGAUGCCUGGUAUGACCGCAAGGUGCCACUGGACAAGUGUCGGCCGCAGGUCUGCCCCGUGGAUUUGCAGCAACGAGCCCUACAAAUGUGCCAAGCAGUCAGACAUCCCUCGUUUGGAGCCUGCAGCGUCUCGGUUAACAUCCAGGACUUCCUCAGCCGGUGCGUGGAGAAUACCUGCGAGUGCCUGAAGGCCAAUGCCGGUGCCGAGGGCAGCUGUCGCUGCGACCUUCUGCAGCAAUUCGUUGGUCAAUGCCUGGCCGUCAAUCGCCACUUGCAGCUGACUAGCUGGAGGAGUGUGCACCGCUGCAACCAGACCUGCCGUCCCCCUCUUAUACACCACGAUUGCUACAGGCAACGCUGCGAACAGCAGUGCGGCGACCUCCAGAGCGGCCAGACGGCCAGCGUUUGUCCAUCCAUACCAAGGACCUGCUUCUCUGGAUGCUACUGCCCCGAGGGCACUGUGCGGCGAGGUGAAGAAUGUGUACCCAUCGAGGACUGCAAGGACUGCAAAUGCACCUUGUUCGGGGCCAGCAAGUUUGUCACAUACGACGGAAGCAGCUACAGCUUCAAGGGCAACUGCACCUAUCUGGUUACCAGGGAUCUGCUCCUGCCAGGCAGCUACCAUUUCCAGGUCUAUGCCACCAUCAAGCCUUGCGGUCCCACGGAGACGGAGAGCUGUGUACAGGCGCUGCAUGUGACUGCUGGAGAGCACACUCUCCACAUCGAACGACACGCGCAGGAUGUGAAGCUGUUGGCUGAUGGCUACCAAGUCUCCCUGUGGCCUCAUCAGUCCACCUGGCUGAAGGUGAUUCAACAGAGGGAACAGCAACUGAUUGUGCAACUACCACAAGCCAAGCUCGAGUUAAUUGUGAAUCUGAAUACACUGCAGUUUCAGCUGAGUGUGCCUUCGGUACGGUAUGGCAGUCGCAUGGAGGGUCUGUGCGGCAACUGCAACGGCCUUAGCAUAGACGAUUUGCACAUCAAUCCCCUUAAGAAACCUACGGAUCAGCGUCCCUUGGGGUUGAUAGACUUUGUCACCAGUUGGCAGAUAGACGAACCCCGGCUGGGCAUUAACACGCGUCCCUGCCAGGGCCAUCAGAUCUGCAAAGCCCUGCCCCGGGAGCGCAAUCUUUGCUAUCACCUGAUCGUACAGUCGGGCAUCUUUGACCGUUGUCCUUUGCUCGUAGAUCCGCUGGCAUUCAUUCAGGCCUGCCAGAAGGACACCUGCACUGCCACCACGGACAAGCAGGUGAUCUGUGACGCUCUCAGUGCCUAUGCAGCCGAGUGUAACGCUGCUGGCGUCUGUGUCGACUGGCGUCCCUUUGCCGAGUGCCCGGCACAGUGUCCGCCUGGAUUGUCCUACAAGUCCUGCGAUUGCGACGUCAACUGUGACACUGGGGUUGAUCGUGUUGAUCAUAGCAAUCUAGCGAUCAUUUUCAAGGGACGCUGCCUGCAUACAGAACGUCAUGAGGGCUGCUUCUGUCCCGAUGACAAGGUACUUCACCACGGCAAAUGCGUAUCCCCCAGCAAGUGCAUAGCCUGCGGCGACGGCCGUCACGUGGGCGACGUUUGGCAGCCGGAUAAAUGCACAAAUUGCACUUGUCUCGCCAGCGGACAGGUCAGCUGUGAAAAGGAGCAGUGUGGUCGCGAUACGGAUCACAUCUGCCAGAAGGGCUUUACUCAGGUGGUGCUGCAAAGGGAUUACGAGUGCUGCCCCACUCGCAUAUGCGUGGGAGACAUUGAAAAGCCUCCUGGACACGUUUGUGAGAAGCCCAAGUUGCCCGAUUGCGGUCCAGACCAGCAUCGAAUUGUGGACAAGGAUGUCAAUGAAUGUCCCAUCUAUAUAUGCGAAUGCAAGCCCAAGGUUCAAUGUGAGCCUACUUCUCCAGUGAAACUACGACCAGGAGAGAAACUGCAACCCGUAGACGACGGUUGCUGUCCCGGACAACGAGUUGUCUGUGUGCCCAGCAAGUGCCCGAAGCCGCCUGCAGUAUGCGAUGAGCAUCACUAUGAACUGAUCUCACAGAAAUUGCCCGGAGACUGCUGUGCCGUACACAAAUGUGUGCCGCCCAAGGAUAAGUGCCUGAGUCAUCACGACAAUGUGGUGCAGGCCCAUCAUACAGGCGACAAGUGGCAGGAUCCGCUGGACCCGUGCGUCUCGUACGAGUGCGUGGUUAUCGGCAAUCUGUUGCAGACAGUGCACACCAUUCUCAGCUGUGACAAAAAGUGUCCGCCUGGGUACACCUACGAGCACACGAAUAGCGCCAAGUGUUGCGGCUCCUGCGUGCCAACGGGCUGCCAUCACGAUGGCAAACUGUACAAGCCAGACGAGCAGUGGAACAGCCUGGACAAGUGCAUCACGUACACUUGCGUGUCCCUCGACGGUCAACUGAUCAGACACGAGUCGCACGAGGCCUGUGCGGAUGUCAGCCAGUGCCCGCUUGCGGAUCUUGUGGAUAAUGGCGGCUGUUGCAAGCGGUGCAAGAGUAGGCCCCCGACGCUGGAUAAAACAGGCUGUCAGGCCGUAUCUCUGCCCCUUCAGCACACGGUUAGGCUGAUCAGCUACAAGAGCCAGGAUCAUGGGCAAUGCUACAACGAGCAACCGAUCCAGGGUGUCACCCAGUGCGAAGGUGCCUGCGAUUCGGCCUUCAAGUACAAUCCGCUUUUGAUCAAGUUUGAGGAUAAGUGCAGCUGCUGUGCCGCCACGGGUUUGAGAACCGUCUUGGUGAAGGUAAAGUGUGCCGAUGGAAACUAUCUAGAACAGUCCCUGGAAGUGCCCACAGGCUGCAGUUGUGAACCGUGCAACAAACACCAUUUGGCAAAAGUGCAGCCUGUUGAGGAAACGAAACCCGUGUCUGUGGGUGAGCUCUUGGACAAGGAGAAGGAGAACGAUGAUGAAGAGGAGCUCAAUCUGCAAGACUUACUCGAUCAAAGCGGUGGCGUAAUUACGCGUUAACCGGAACCAUCCAUACCCGGAUAAUAUUAUAGAUUAAAAAGUAUCAAGCAAGACAAAUAACUUAAUAAAGGAGUUUUGUUUCACAUUAUGUAUAUGUGAACAUUAGAA